UCUCUUCACCAAAAUACGUUGAGCGAUUGCAGUGCUCAGUCAGUUUUUGGUGUGAGCUGAACUAACUGCAAAUUGCAACUCUGGAAAAUCUCUUGUGGGAAUUAUGUUGUUUCAUCUGGUGUUUGUGGCACUGCUGGACCUUUGGUGGUGUCCCUUCAAAUUGUCAGCUGUUAUUUUAUACCCCAAAACGUUGCCUUGUGAUGUGAGCAAGGCCGACAACGGGAGUGCGGUGAUGGUGGACUGCACCGACAGACGCCUCAUAGACAUCCCUGGCGGCAUUCCGAGAGACACCACUAAUCUGACGCUCACCAUCAACCACAUUCCAAAGUUAAACUCCUCCUCUUUUGGCAGUUUGGAGAACCUGACUGAGCUUGAUUUUCGGUGCAACUGCCUCCCCAUUAAAAUCGGCCCGAAAGACCACAUUUGCAUUGGGAGUGUGAUGAUUGAUGACGAUACCUUUGCCGGCUUAAUGAAACUGCAAGCACUGUAUUUAGACGGAAACCAACUCAGUGAUAUACCCAAAGGACUGCCCCCUGAUCUUCACCUGUUGAGCUUAGAAGUCAAUCACAUCUAUGAAAUUUCUCAUGCAAAACUAUCCACAAUCAAAAGUGUUGAGAAGCUCUAUCUUGGUCAAAAUUGCUACUAUCGAAAUCCAUGCAACUUUUCCUACCAAAUUGAGGAGGGGGCCUUUUUACUGCUCACCAAUUUAACACUUCUAUCUCUGAAGGCAAAUAACUUGUCUUUCAUUCCACAUCAACUACCUACAAGCCUGAAGGAGUUGUAUCUCUACAAUAACAACAUUGAGCAGGUCACAGAGAAUGAUUUAAAAAACCUAACAAACCUGGAGAUACUGGACAUAAGCGGGAACUGUCCCCGGUGUUACAAUGCUCCUUUCCCAUGCACACCUUGCCAAAACGAUUCCUCUCUUCAAAUCAGCAAAUCAGCUUUUAAAACGCUGGCAAAACUGAAGACACUCCGUCUGCACAGUAACUCUCUAAAACAUGUGCUACCUGAUUGGUUCGACGGUACAAGAGAGCUGAGAGUCCUCGAUCUAUCAUCCAACUUUUUAGCUUUGGAUAUAAUAAUUACCAGCUUCCCACAAUUUCUGAGUAAACUGGAAGAACUGGACCUGUCAUUUAACUUUGAUCUAAUGCGGUACUCCAAAACUCUAAAGUUGAGCAAACAUUUUUCCCAACUCAAGUCCCUUAAAAUCCUCAGAAUACAAGGCUAUGUCUUUCAACAGCUAAAACAAGACAGCAUUGAUCCUUUAAAAGCACUGCCAAACUUAGAAGUCAUAGACCUGGGUACGAACUUCAUAAAAAUUACAAACCUUAGUAUUUUGAUGGACUUGCCAAGUUUUAAAAUGAUCAGUCUCUCUGAAAACAAAAUAUCGUCCCCAUCUGACAAGGAGAAUGCUGUUGGUUUCUCCGAAGGAGAGGAAGAACCCUUACUCGGUUCGCCCAUGUUGGCUGACUACAAACAUACGGAACUACGAGAGAUGCACUACUUCCGAUAUGAUGAAUACGCGCGUAGUUGCAAAUAUAAGGAUAAAGAACUUGGAAUUAAAAAGACUUUUGCCAAAAUGGAAUGCACACAAUUCGGCAAAACCCUGGAUGUAAGCAGGAACAACAUUUUCUUUCUGCAUUCACGUUUUUUAAAUCUCUCUGAGCUGCGUUGCCUUAAUCUGUCUGGCAAUGCAAUGAGCCAAAGUCUAAAUGGCUCUGAAUUUACCUACCUGAGUAAUUUAAAAUAUCUAGACUUCUCACUGAAUCGUCUGGACCUGCGCUACGCUACUGCCUUUCAAGAGCUGAAAAAUCUGGUGAUCCUCGAUAUUAGUAAAAACAACCAUUAUUUUGAAUCCGAGGGCAUUACUCACAUGCUUAAUUUCACAAAAAGCCUGAAAAAACUCAAGACGCUGCGGAUGAACCACAACAAGAUCUCAACUUCGACAAACACUGAGAUGGAAAGUGAUUCCUUGGAGAGGCUUGAGUUCAUAGAUAACCGACUGGAUAUGUUGUGGCGAGACGGUGACACCAGAUUUGUCAAUUACUUCAAGAAGCUACUUAAUCUGAAGAUGCUCGACAUUUCUCAGAACAACCUCAAUUUCAUCCCGCAUCAAGUGUUCUCGGGUCUGCCAAAGAAGCUGUCUAAGCUCUACAUAAAGCAAAACAAAUUUAAAUCAUUUGCAUGGGAAAAACUACAACUUCUACAAUCACUGCAAGUCUUAGAUCUCAGUGACAACAGCUUAUCGACUGUUCCAAGAAUGCUCUCAAACUGCACCAAAACCCUCAAAAAGCUCAUCUUGAAGGGAAACCAAAUCAGAACCCUCACACCCAAUUUUCUCAUCGAUGCACAUAACUUUACAUAUUUAGACAUCAGUUCUAAUCGCAUACAACACAUUGCGGUAUCGAGCUUCCCCGAUGACGUCGUCAGUCAGAUGGAAAUGCUGCUUUUGCACAACAACGAUUUUGUGUGCUCGUGCAACAUCACUUCUUUUGUCAGAUGGCUCAAAAGUACCACAGUGCCCAUCCCCAAACUGGCCACGGAUGUGACCUGUGCCACUCCAGAGGCACAAAGAGGUAUACCCGUGAUCUCGGUUGACCUGCUGGCCUGUCAACACAAUGAAUUGUCAAUCAUUCUCUACAUGCUCAACGCUUCCCUCGUUCUUUGCUUCCUCAUCCUGUCCAUCUCCAGCCAUCUCUUCCUAUGGGACGUCUGGUACAUCUACCAUUUCUGCCUGGCCAAGUUCAAAGGCUAUAGGCGCUUGAACUCCCAAAGUGCCCUCUAUGACGCCUUUGUGAUUUAUGACAAAGAAGACCCAGCCGUGUUGGAAUGGGUGAGAAAGGAAAUGUGCAUCCACUUGGAGGAACGAGGAGACCGUCAACUGACUUUGUGUCUGGAAGAGCGAGACUGGAUUCCUGGCUGUCCACUGAUCGACAAUCUCUUACAGAGCAUUCACAAGAGCAAGAGGACGGUGUUUGUUCUCACCAAUAGAUACAUCAAAAGCGGAAACUUCAAGACAGCUUUCUACAUGGCCCAGCAAAGGUUAAUGGACGAGAAAAAUGACGUUAUCGUCAUUAUCCUUUUGGAGGAAGUGCCAUGCAAUUCCAAGUACUUAAGAUUGAGGAAAAGGCUGUACAAACGCUCGGUUCUCAAGUGGCCGACAAACCCUCGAGCUCAGCUAUACUUCUGGUUCAACUUGAGAAGUGUUUUAGCCAACGAAAGCCACAAGCAAUACAACAACCUUUUCAAGGAGACACUGUAAAACAAACCAAUAUGGCCAGUAAAGUUAUGCAUGUUGUAUAUCUACAGUUGUGCUCAUAAGAGAAUUUAUGAUUUAUUGGCCAUUCUUCAGAGAAGAUGAAUGAUAACACUUGAAGAAAAAUGAAGAAAAAUGGGCUGCAUGGUCGAGUCGCCAGAAGAAAGCCAUCACUCCAAAUUAUUUUGUUCCAGAAGUUUUGAGGCUUGCCUCUGUGCUGUUUGGCUUAAUGUAAAUGGGUUACUUUGUGACAUUUGCGCAGAAAUUGCUUUCUUCUGGCGACUCGACCAUGCAGCCCAUUUUUCUCCAAGUGCCUCCUUAUUGUGUAUCCUGAAACAGCCACACCACAAUUAUUCUAAGAGUCCUGUGUUUUAGCUGAAGUUAUUUGUGGAUUUCUCUUUGCAUCUCGAACAAUUUUCCAGGCAAUUGUGGCUGAAAUAUUUGCUGGUCUAACUGAAUCCUUUGUCAUUUUGAUUUAAAAAGAGUAAACACAGUUGUUUGCCAAUAAAUAGCUUCACACAACCAUUAAGCAUGAUUGAAAGAAAGGUUUUGUGUUAUCGUUCAUAUUCUCUAAAGAAAGGCCAGAAAUAAUACAUUUUAAACUUAUGAGCACAACUGUAUUAUAAAGUGUGAGCAUGUGUAAAUAAUUUUACCCCAUUAUUGUGACACCAUCCAGGUAAAACAAAAAAAAAUACAUAUAUAUU